CGGCCUGCCUCGGCUCCACAAGGGGAGGGAUGCGCGGCAGUUGCGAGAAGCUCUACCUCUCGCUGUUGCUGAUUUCUCCUGCGUCGCAGUGAAAUAACAUUUACUUGGCAGCUUUUCUCGGAUGCUGCCACGACACAAAAUCGGAAGAAGGUGUUUUCGUGUGUUUUGUUAACGUCGGUGUUUUGUUAACGUCAGCUCCGCACAAAGGCGUCCAGUGACCGACUAGCCGAUGGGAGCUAACGGCUACUAGCUUGCUAACAACACAGCCGGUGAGGAGGACGAGCACAUCCUCGUACACAGCCAUACCCGGGGGGUGGGGGGGGGGGGGAUUAAUCUCUGCUGACUCGCUUCGUGGGUAAUGUUAGCUGUUGUGUCGUAGUAUUUUAUCUCACACUUAUGUCAGGCGUCACUCAUGACUAAGACAAUUAAAUCAACAUCUCCGCAUAGCUGGGUCGCUGGCUGCAUAUUUUUUUUGUAAGCUAGCCAUGACAGAGCUUUCGGUCUCAUGUAAGGAGGAUGUCGGCGGUAGCAAAACAAGCUAACUUUUACUCCGUCUCUGUGAAGAAGUGAGCGCAAGAGUUCAGGACACUCUUCACAUCCCCCAUUCGGGUUCAUGUUGUUUUGUAAUUCCGGGUUUUGGAUGACGCGAAUACGGAGUUGACAAUCCUGCAGCAACACCUGAACUGAAACUGGGGAAUAUCGCGAACACGUCGAAGGGAUUAUUUUUUGUGUCUCUUAAGUGGAUUUUCGGCCUCAUGUCCAGGAUCGUAGUUGGGACACAGUAGAUGAUUUGACACUGGGUGAAGCCCCUCUCCCUCCAGAAACAACACCCUCUCACCCACCGACCUCCUCCCCCCCCCACCACCCUGCUUCAAGCCUCCGAUGCGGAGAUUUCAGUAGCACCGGCAACCCAGUUCCCCUCCGGCGGCCGGACAUGCUGAAGUGUAUCCCCCUUUGGCGCUGCAACCGCCACGUCGAGUCGGUGGACAAGCGGCAUUGCAGCUUGCAGACGGUCCCCGAUGAAGUGUUCCGCUACACCCGCAGCCUGGAAGAGCUUCUCCUCGAUGCCAACCAACUCAAAGAGCUACCAAAGCCUUUCUUCAGACUACUGAACCUCCGGAAGCUCGGCCUGAGUGACAAUGAGAUCCAGAGACUCCCUCCUGAGGUGGCCAACUUCAUGCAGCUGGUGGAACUGGACAUCUCCAGAAAUGACAUUCCUGAAAUCCCAGAGAGCAUUAAGUUCUGCAGGGCAUUGGAGAUCGCAGACUUCAGUGGAAACCCUCUGUCCAGAUUGCCGGAUGGUUUCACUCAGCUCAGAGCGCUGGCUCACUUGGCACUCAACAACGUGUCCUUGCAGACGUUGCCCAACGACAUAGGAAAUUUGGCCAACCUGGUGACGUUGGAGCUCAGGGAGAACUUGCUGAAGUCUCUACCAGCGUCGCUCUCUUUCCUGGUGAAACUGGAACAGCUGGACCUUGGCAGUAAUGAACUGGAACUUUUGCCGGACACUCUGGGUGCUCUCCCUAACCUGAGGGAACUGUGGCUGGACCGCAACCAGCUGUCAUCAUUACCACCAGAGCUGGGAAACCUCCGGAGACUGGUGUGUCUGGAUGUGUCCGAGAAUCAUCUAGAGGAGCUUCCCUCGGAGCUCAACGGCCUCCUGGCUCUCACUGACCUGCUGCUCACACAGAAUCAGCUGGAUAUCGUCCCAGACAGCAUAGGCUCCCUGAAACAGCUGUCAAUCUUAAAGGUGGACCAGAACAGACUGACCCAGCUCACUGAUUCAAUAGGAGAGUGUGAAAACCUCACAGAGCUCGUCUUGACAGAGAACCUUUUACAGUCACUUCCUCGCUCGCUGGGCAAGCUGAAGAAGCUGACCAAUCUGAAUGUAGACCGCAACCGUUUGGGUAGCGUGCCCAAAGAGCUGGGCGGCUGUGCCAGCCUCAAUGUUCUCUCACUGAGAGACAACCGCCUGGGCAAACUGCCUUCUGAGCUCGCAGACGCCACCGAUCUACAUGUGCUGGACGUGGCUGGAAACAGAUUACAAAACCUGCCUUUUGCCCUGACAAACCUCAAUCUGAAGGCCAUGUGGCUCGCAGAGAACCAAUCACAGCCGAUGCUGAAGUUCCAGACGGAGGAUGACGAGUGCACCGGAGAGAAGGUGCUGACCUGCUAUUUACUGCCCCAGCAGCCUUCUCCGAGCCUAGAGAACUUGCUGCAGAACAGCGUGGAUGACAGCUGGACAGACAGCAACCUGAACCGAGUGUCAGUCAUUCAGUUCCAGGAGGAGACCAAGGCUGAGGACGACGACGACGAGGCUGCUGCAGAGCGCAGAGGCCUUCAGCGCAGAGCCACGCCUCAUCCUAGUGAGCUGAAGGUGAUGAAGAAGGUGAUAGAGGAGAGGAGGAACGAGGCUUACACAUCAAGACCUGAUGGAGAAGAUUUCCAUGAUCAACAUGAGAAGAGGCUCAGUGAUCUGUCCAAUCAGAGCCAUGACUCCCAGGUGUCAAACAGCACACUGUCUGCCACUUCCCAUGAGGAAAGACAAAAUGUGGCCUCGCAGAGGGAGGACCUUGUGGACGGCCACUCCCCUCAGGAAGAGGAAGAGCUCGACGAGAUGGAGGUGGAGUACAUUGAGCCCACUGUGCACUUUGCAGAGGAGCCCAUCAUCAGAGGAGGGGAUGAGGACGACGAGGAGGACGGGGAAGAUGGCGGGAGGAGCGACGAAGAGGACGAGAGGCCGGCUAUUCCCGCAGAGAAGCAGCGUCUGAUCAGAAAGGACACGCCACACUACAAGAAGCACUUCAAAAUCACCAAGCUGCCCAAGCCUGAGGCUGUGGCUGCGCUGCUACAGGGCUUCAGCCCCGAUGGCAUGAAUUCCCAGACGCAGGUUGCCGAGGACGAGCAGGACGAGGAGGAUGAGGAGGACGAGCAGAGCUUGUGCACGCCUCUACAGCAUCGCAGAUUGGAGGAGCUUGAGGAGAGCCGGAACUCGGGCAACUCCAGUCAAGUAAAGGGGGUGUCAUUUGAUCAAGUCAAUAAUCUGCUCAUUGAACCUGCUCGAAUUGAGGAGGAAGAGCACAACUUGACUAUCCAGAGACAAACAGGCGGCCUGGGUAUCAGCAUUGCUGGAGGGAAGGGGUCGACACCUUAUAAGGGAGAUGACGAGGGAAUCUUCAUCUCCAGAGUAUCUGAGGAGGGUCCUGCAGCCAGGGCUGGGGUGAAAGUCGGAGACAAACUGUUAGAGGUGAAUGGAGUGGACCUCCAUGGGGCAGAACAUCACACCGCAGUGGAAGCUCUUCGUAGCUCGGGUUCUACGGUUUCCAUGUCGGUGCUGCGCGAGCGCAUGGUGGAGCCAGAGAACGCCAUCACCACCACACCGCUGAGGCCAGAGGACGACUACUUCCCUCGGGAGAGGCGGAGCAGCGGGCUCGCUUUCAACCUGGAGACGACGCCAAGUGGGCCUCAGCAGCGGCUCUCCACCUGCCUGAUCCGAAACGACAAAGGGCUGGGGUUCAGCAUCGCCGGGGGAAAAGGCUCCACGGUUUACCGCACAGGAGACACGGGAAUCUACAUCUCUCGCAUUGCUGAAGGUGGAGCAGCACACAGAGACAGCACACUGCGUGUAGGCGACAGAGUCAUCUCUAUCAAUGGUGUAGACAUGACAGAGGCCAGACAUGACCAGGCAGUAGCGCUCCUUACUGGCACUUCCCCCACCAUCGCCCUGUUGGUGGAGCGAGACCCGAAAGCACCAGGGGGCUCUCCAGGUCAGUCCCGGGCACGAGCCCACUCCCCUCCACCCCCAGAGCCCUCGGAUUCCCCCGACCAGGAAGAGGAGGGCCUCUCGAUUCACGGGAACCACCUGAGCCAAAUGGAGGACGAGUAUCCCAUCGAGGAGGUGAUCCUGAUGAAGUCAGGUGGUCCUCUGGGUCUGAGCAUUGUGGGUGGCAGCGAUCAUGCCAGCCACCCGUUUGGCGUCAAUGAACCCGGGGUGUUUAUAUCGAAGGUGAUCCCUCAUGGCCUGGCAUGUCAAAGUGGACUGCGAGUUGGGGACCGGAUACUAGAGGUGAACGCCAUCGACCUGCGUCACGCCACACACCAGGAAGCUGUGCGAGCACUGCUGGCCAACAAGCAAGAGAUCCGGAUGUUAGUACGGAGGGACCCCUCACCACCUGGGAUGCAGGAAAUUGUGAUCCAGAAGCAGCCAGGGGAGAAGCUCGGCAUCAGUAUACGUGGAGGGGCAAAGGGUCAUGCGGGAAACCCCUUUGAUCAAACAGAUGAAGGCAUCUUUAUCUCAAAGGUGAGUUCGACCGGGGCGGCAGCAAGAGACAGCAGACUGCAGGUUGGCAUGCGUAUCCUGGAGGUGAACAACCACAGCCUGCUGGGGAUGACACACACGGAGGCGGUGCGAGUGCUCAGAGCUGUAGGAGACUCUCUGUUCAUGCUGGUGUGUGACGGCUUCGACCCUCGAAAAGUGGCUGCUGUAGAGGCGUCUCCUGGCAUCAUUGCUAACCCAUUUGCGUCAGGCAUCGUCCGUAAGAACAGCAUGGAGAGCAUCUCUUCUAUAGACCGAGACCUGAGCCCAGAGGAGAUAGACAUCAUGCAGAAGGAGUCUGAGAUGGUGAGAGAAACGUCGCAGUGGGAGCGAGAAGAGAUGGAGAAAGUGGAGCGUAUGCGUAUGGAGCGUGAGGAGGCAACUCGCCUGCUAGAAGAGGAGACAGAGAACAUCGGCACUGGACCUCUAAAACUUGACUACAAAACCCUGGCUGCACUGCCCACCACCAGUCUGCAGAAGGUUAACAGGGGUUCCUCCUCGGACUUCACUCGGACGGACAGCCCAAUCAGGGAAGCGCCAUACUCGCCCACAAUUCAACCGCCCGGCCUCCACUCUUCAAACAGCUCCGUCUGUGCAGGCAGGGAGACCCGCUUCGCAAGCAUUCAUUACACCUCCACUCCUAAUGCCAGGGAUGAAACUUCAUCAUCAACGCGGCCGGGUGCCAUCCAACCUGUCGGGCGUGUUCGUCAAAGUACCUCCCCCGCCACUCCAGAAGGCCACAGUCCAAACCCCUUCCAGCAUGGCCCCUCCCCCUUCAACUCCCAGACCUCUCCUCGCGCCCCCUCCCCCACCUCGCCCGACGAGUUCCCCAUGAAUGUCAAGCAGGCAUACAAGGCAUUUGCCGCCGUGCCUCGCUCACUCGCAGUGCUGGAGCCUCCGCAGGAACUGUACGGUGUGAGGAACAAUUUCCAGCAGCCUUCUCCAGAGCCUGAGUUGAUCAACGAGGUGUUUGAUGAUGACAUAGAUGGUCAGGAUGGAGCUGGUAAAAGUCCGUCCAACAAGCCCUCCCCCCGCAGGGAGUAUAUGAGCCUGGCAGCAGUGCCUCGCUUCUCCAGGCCGAGCAUGGAACUGCAGAGUCCUUCUCCUGGCGGUAAGGGCAGCCCGGAGCAGCGUUCUUUCAGGGACAGACAGAAGUAUUUUGAGAUCGACGUGAAACAGCAGACACCAGAAAAACCUAAACCUCGAGUGUCUCUUGUUGGAGAAGAUGACCUCAAGAAAAUGAGGGAGGAAGAAGAGAGGAAGUUUGAGCAGCGGGCGAGGGAGUACCUGAUGGAUGAAGAUGAGGAGGAUGAGGAGGAGGACCUGGCUAAGCAGAUGGCGCAGAUGAAGGCCUCUGGCAAAGUGCUGCUGGAUGGAGUGGAGUACAAAGUGGAGCCAGCUUCUACCCCAUCGCAGCACUGCUCCACACCACCCAGCUACAACGUCACACCGCCCAGCUACUGCGGCAGCUCAGGGCCUUCAUCUGUGGAUGGAAAGGGAGACUCUCAGAGGAAUUCAUUGGAGGACAGCUUCAGGCUGGAGCAGAGGCCCAACUCCAUGGCAGGUCUGAUCCCGGUGUACCCUGGGGAGUCAGCUGCUCCCAUCCGCACAGCCAAAGCCGAGCGCAGACAUCAAGAGAGGCUCCGGAUGCAGAGCCCAGAGCUGGCUGUGGCCCUGGACAAGGAUCUGUCCCCUGCUGAGAAACGAGCUCUGGAGGCUGAGAAGAGAGCCAUGUGGAGGGCCGCGCGGCCUUACGGCCUAGAGGAGGAUGUUAGGCAGUAUGAGCAGGACCUGGCUAAGAGACUCUACCAGGCCAGAGUGAGGGCGUCUCAGGGCACGGCCGAGCCCCCCCAGCCCCCCACCUCCUCUACUUCCUCCUCUGCUGCCUCCCAGCUCAGAAUGAAGUCCCUGGAGCAGGACGCACUAAAAGCCCAGAUGGUCAUCGCCAAGUCUCGGGACGGGAAGAAACGCGGCACACUAGACCAGCUGACGGAGUCGCCCUCGCCCGCCCCCACACCCUCACCCACACCUAUGGAUGAGCUCAGUCCUCGGGGACUUACCUCUCCAGGCAGACUGUCCCUGUCGUCAAAGAAGUUUGACUACCGACAGUUUGCCGCCAUUCCUUCUUCCAAACCCGUAUACGACAUCCAGUCCCCUGACACAGUCGAUGACAUGCAGUUCAUUGAUGACGGAUCCAGCAACCCAGGGCCAGCUGCCAGCCCUGAGUCCGAGGUUCCCGCCCAGCUGCCUGCCACCUCAGCCCUGGAGGAGAUGGCUCUGUACAGCAACAAGCGCAAACUGAGGCAGGGUCGCCGCAGCCUGGAAACCGCCGUGCCCACGUAACACCUCACACUGAGAGAAAACUCUGGAGACAUGAUCCAAACACACACACUUGUACACACACUGUGGACACUAGUAAAGCAUUGGAGCAUCCCCAGGAGGUGCAGAGUCACAAAACACUACACAGUGUCAGUAGAAGAGAUGUACUCUCCUAUAUAACCACUGCAGAGACAACGAAGAUCAUAGUCACAUACACACUCACUUAUAUCCUGCGUGCCAGUCUUGCCUAUACAGUCUGUGGAUGAGCUGGCAAUUUGCUCAACAGUCCGUCAAAGGGCAAAAAAAAAAAAAAAAAAAAAGCUAGUGUGGUUAGCUAGGAUUGCUACUUACAGACCAUUCUUCUUUUUGUUCUGCACUCAAACGUUUUCCAUGUAGACGCUGAUGUAUUUUUAAAAAAAAAAGGAGGUGACAGAAGAGUUUAGUUUUUAGUUUUCACACCUCGAAUGAUUUUACUGUUUUUAAAAAAAGAAAAAAAAAGACAAAGAAAUACUGGAAGAGAAAAGAAAUGGGUCAUAGCUAUAUUAACCCCUUGAAUGAUAUUUUUAGAAUUUCCGUGAAUAGAUUGUAAAGUGUCAGGGCUCUCUUUAGGACUUGGGCAGACGUGAGUGUAAAUAUUAAUUUAGGAGGGAACAUCCUGCUACCUUCAUGGUCACACAAAACAUGUCUUUUAUUUUGCACUGCCACUUGUCAGCUUUUUAAACAAUGUGUAUCUUAAGUAAUUUAUUGUUUUGAUCAUUUCACUCCAAUUGAAGGCCUUCUAUUUGACACUAUUUUAGCCCCCCAGAGGCGUGUUGUAUGUUAUCGUUUAAACCUUUUCAAUUGAAGUUAUGAACCAGUAAGUUAAACCUUACAAGUCAUGAAUUGCAUAUCAAUUGACAUAUAUAUUUCUUCAAUCAGUAUACAUUCAUUUUGAUACGUUUAUCUACUCAUUAGAUUGUUUGGGGCAAAGUUUCCCCUUUGUAGAGAGACUACAUAUCACAUCAAAUAUUCAAGCAUCAUUUUAGAACCAAAUGGUACUACCGUGUCCUGUUUUUCACCUCAUCAAUGUCAAAAGUUUUUAUUUCUAUCCUGAAAUAUCCGGAGGUUUUUCCGGAGUGACGUGAAGGUAGCAGGUGUUUGAUUUUCUGUCUGGUUAAUUUAAAUCUGAUGCCACUGAAAAAUCAUUUAUUAUUGUGUGAAUAAUGUACAAAUGCUGAAAGGAAAACUAACUUUGGGUUUGAAAUCUGAGCCAGUCUUGACCUAAACCAAGCACGUGUCCGAGCUGCUGACGCAUCUGGGUUUGGACGGGCUUGGUAUCCGACGCUCUCUGCGUGUAUAUUGGUUUGUUAAUGGGAGAGCGGAGAGAGGCGGAGCUGAUCAUGAAUCUCUCACAUUGAUCUCGUUCAUACAUUCAGCUCACUGCUUUACAGACCGUCAGUUUAUGUAUGUGAUGGGUAUUUUUGCAGAAUCACGGCUUAGAAGCGUUUCUUUUAAUUUAAUGUAGGGUCUUCUAAUUAUAGCUUUCUAUGUUGCUCUCACUGACUGAAAUUCAGUUUGUUUGAUAACCUUUGCAAUGGCUGAUAUCUUCUUUUUUUUAAAACUUACUGUAGGUAAUCUUUUUUUCAGAUGGGUUUCACUACAUUAUUAAUGAAGUGUUUCAAGUUUUUGUGUUUAUUCUUUUGUCUUGAGUUCUCUUCGGGGGCUUUUCUUGCAAACAGGUCGGAGGGAAAGGGUCAGAGGUCCCGGGGUCAAGGGUCAAGGGUUAGAGCUCACACAAGACUGUAACUAGUGAAUUUGUACAACCAAAGAAGUAUAUUUUGUGGUUCAGGAAUAAUAAAUUUUACUUUUCAUUUAAGAAGCUGA